AUGAGAUUUUCGUUUAUCGCGAUUCUCGCUACCGCGGCGAGUGCAACGGCUCAGAAAGUCUCUGGCACUGCGUAUGGUUUUGCCACAGGUGUGACAGGCGGUGGAGCCGCUCAAGCCGUGACUCCAACCACGAACGAGGAACUUGCAUCCUACCUAUCCGAUAGUACUGCGCGAACUAUCCUCCUUACCAAGACUUUCGAUUUCACUGGCAAAACUACAACCGGAGCAGGCUGUGACAGGAAGUCUUGCAGUGUCUCAGGUGGUGGACAAUACUAUCUUGGAGAUCUUUCCUGCGGUGGAUCUGACAACGUUGCUGUUAGUUCUAUUACCUACGAUCCUGCUGGCCCGGGCGCCCUACCUGUUGGAAGCAACAAGAGCAUCCUUGGAGUUGGAGGUAAGGGUGUUAUCAAGGGCAAGGGCCUCUCCCUCCAAAAGAACGCCAAGAACGUCAUCAUCCAGGGCAUCGAGAUCACUUCUAUCAACCCAGGUGUUGUUUGGGGUGGCGAUGGACUCGAUUUCCAGGGUGGUAACGACGGAGUCUGGGUCGAUCACUGCAAGUUCUCUCUCAUCGGCCGCAUGUUUGUCGUCAGCCAUUACGCUGGGUCUAGCAUUACUUUGUCGAACAACGAAUUCGAUGGCGUUACCACUACGUCGGCCACCUGCAACGACAACCACUACUGGGGCCUUAUGUUCAUCGCCAAUGGUGAUAAGGUCACUUUGGAUAAGAAUUACUUCCAUAACUUAUCUGGUCGUGCACCUAAGCUUGGUGCAGAUGGUGUAUCCGGUACAUUCCAUGCGGUCAACAAUCUCUUCUCCAAUAUGAAGGGACAUGCAUUUGACGCAUACAAGGGUGCCAAUGCCCUCAUUGAGGGUAAUGCUUUUGCAUCCGUUAGCCAGCCUUCGACACAAUCCGCAGCUGGAGUCUCAACUUUCGUUGUCAAUGCUGGAAAUGCAUGCUCGUCCGCUUUCGGCCGGGACUGCCUUGCCAACAGCGUCGACUCGUCAAGCGGAAAAUUGAGCGGAGGAUCCACCACCAGCUUCGUCUCCUCGCUCGCCAAAUUCAAGAUUCCUAAUGCUCUGUCCGCCGACAAAGUCUCUGCCCAUGUCAAGGCCAACGCUGGUCCGGCCAAACUUGGCUCUACCAAUGCUGAUGCGAACGAGGGUGCUGUCUCCAACCCCAAGCCCACCCAGGCCGCUGCUACUACAUUUGCAACUAGCACCAAGGUUGCCGCUGCCACCUCUAAGGCUGUAGCCCCUGCACCAUCCGCACCUGCAACAGGUUCAGGAUCCGGAGUCAAGACAGUAGCUCUCUAUGGACAAUGUGGUGGCUCGGGAUAUACUGGACCAACCGCCUGCGCGUCUGGAGCCGUCUGCAAGAAGCAGAAUGAUUGGUAUUCUCAAUGUCUCGCAUCAUCCAAGGCUCGCCGAAGC